AUGGCCGGUGUGAAACGUGCCGUUGAGGCGAAGGAAGACCGCAAUGGAAAGCGGAGCAAGACCAAGCAGGGCUCCGACUAUGUGAAGAAAUCUAAGGUCUCUGCACCGGUGAAGAAGUCCGGAUCAAAUAAGGAUAUUAAGUCUGGAAAAAGUGAUAAGAGUUCUUCUAAAAAGAAGGCUCGCAAGGAGGAGUCUUCGGACGAGGAUGAUUUCGAUAUUGACGAUGUUUCGGAUUCUGGAGACGAUGGUUUUGAUGUGCUUGAUGAUGAAAUCCCCGAGGACGAUGUUGAUAUGGAGGAUGCCCCUCAAGAUGAGGAGGACGUGUCUAAUGAAGAUGCUGAGGAGAAGCCUGCUAGGUCUGAAGCACCCAAGAAUCCCAACGCCAACGCAUCCCGCGAAUCCCACGCCAAGCAAAAGGCCCUUCAGCUGGAGCGCAAGGCCGCGAAGCCCAAUGCCGAUACGAUUGCUCGCUCUAAGAAGCUUUGGGAACAGUUGCGCCGCAAGUCCCACGUUCCAUUGGAGCAGCGCAAGAAACUUGUCAAGGAGUUGUUCGAGAUUAUCACUGGCCGCGUUCAAGAUUUCGUGUUCAAGCAUGACUCUGUCCGUGUCGUUCAAACAGCCUUGAAGUACGGCAACCUGGAACAGCGCAAGCAAAUUGCUCAGGAACUGAAGGGAAGAUACAAGGAGUUGGCGGAGAGCCGCUAUGCUAAGUUCUUGGUUGGAAAGUUGUUCGCUCAUGGUGAUUCUGAGACACGCGACAUGAUUGUUCCAGAGUUCUAUGGAAAUGUGAAGCGUCUUAUUCGACACCCAGAGGGAUCUUGGAUUCUUGAUGAUGUCUAUCGAGGAGCUGCGACUAAAGAGCAAAAAACAAGAAUUCUGCGUGAAUGGUACGGGCCGGAGUUCGUGAUUUUCCAGGAUGACAAGGAGAAGUCAUCCGAUCUUCUCAAGAUUCUGGAAGCUCACCCAGAGAAGCGAUCGCCCAUUAUGCACUUCUUGCACGAAUUGAUCAACCAGCUAGUUCAGAAGAAGACCACUGGCUUUGAGUUGUUGCACGAUGCUAUGUUACAAUAUUUCCUUGCCACCAAGCCCGGUAGCACCGAGGCAAACGAGUUCAUUGAGCUGCUCAAAGGUGACGAAGAGGGUGAUCUGGUGAAGAACUUGGCUUUCACCCCAUCCGGUUCUCGCGUGAUGAGUCUGUCCCUAGCUUAUGCCAACGCCAAGGACCGAAAGCUGCUGUUGCGUUUCUACAAGGAUACUGUCAAGGCGAUGGCCGGUGACGUUCACGCUCACAUGGUCCUUCUUGCAGCCUACGAGGUUGUCGACGACACCAAGUUGACUGCCAAGUCCAUUUUCCCUGAGCUUUUGAAUGAGAAGGACUCCGAGGAAGCCCGAAAUGAGGAAUUAUACUACCAGAUCAACGACUUGACUGCUCGUGUUCCCGUUCUUUACCCAUUCGCUGGCGAUCGUGUCAAGUGGCUCCUACCCGAGAAUGACCAAGCGAUUCUUAAGGAGAUUCGCGAUAUCCGACAAGAGACAUCUAAGAAAGACCCCGAGAUCCGACGCCAAGAGCUUGUUAAGAGCGCUUCACCAGCUCUCCUCAACUUCGUUGCUGCUCGGGCUGCAAACCUUCUAGAGACCACUUUCGGCUGUCAAUGCAUCGGCGAGGUGCUCUUCUCCGCCGAUGGUGAUAAGACUGCUGCCCUCACCGCCGUGGCUGAGGCUGCUAAGAACCAAACUGAGACUCGUGACUCCGCCGCUGUGGGACGUUUGCUCAAGUCCCUCGUGCAGGGUGGUCGAUUCAACCCCGCGGAGAAGACUGUGGAGAAGGUGCAGCCCCCGCUUAACUUCCACGAGCUGCUGUAUGAUCAGAUCAGCGAUGAGGUCAUGGAGUGGGCUACUGGUUCAAACACCUUCGUGAUCGUCGCGCUGGCCGAGUCUGACGACUUCGAGAAGAAGAGUGAGUUGCUCAAGACUCUGAAGAAGAACAAGAAGGCGCUGGAGCAGGCCUCAGCGUCGGGUCAAGAAGGCAAGAAGGCCGGCCCGACUAGCAGUGGUGCCAAGUUGCUUUUGCAGAAGCUAUAA